AAAGUGAUUUUCACUUUGGCUUCGUCUGUUACCAUCCUGGUGUCUGUGAUUGGAAACUCAUUAGUGAUCUACAUCGUAUUCAAGAACCAAACCAAGAGAACAUCAACCAACUGUCUAAUAGUGAGCUUAGCUAUAAGUGAUGUUUUAAUAACUAUGAUUCAGGCUCCCUUAUUAAUUUUGUACCUUUGCAUUGGAGAUGAAGCGAAUGGCUCUUACCUGGGAAAUGUUUCUGACAUUUCUCGUAGAAUGUUGGUGUUCGGAGUUUCUAUAUUACUUUAUUCCUCAAUUUUCAACAUGGUUACCAUCGCCAUCGAUCGAUUUCUAGCCGUCAUCCGACCACUGACAUACAAAGUCUCAUCAAAAUGGCUGGUGAAAGUAGGGAUUCCUCUCGUAUGGUUGAGUUCAUGUUUGCUAUCACUAGAGGGUGUGUUGACACUACAAGAUGGGAACGCUGAAUCAUCAAGUGGAAGAAGCCGUUUUGCACUGAUUUCCUCCUUAGUAUUUUUGGCCAUCUCGUUGAUCACGUUGAUUGUCCUCUAUUCAGUAAUUUGUUAUCGUCUUUGGAGAAGAAGCAUUCCUGGCGAAGUUUCCAGUAAUCAGCAAGCACUUGCUACUCGUACAGCACGGAAGGUCACCAUAUUAAUGAUUUUCAUUGUAACCGUGUUUUUUCUUUCAUGGGCACCAAUUUUUAUGUCAAUGCUCGCAGAAGUAAUUGAGAUUAAUUUCGCUUAUGAGUCAAUCAUAAAAGAAAAUCCAUUUCUAACUGCUAUAAGUUUCUGGUUAGUCGUAAACAACAGUGCUUGUAACUCGUGUUUGUAUUUCCUAUUUAUCGAAAGCUUCCGUCAAGGUCUAAAAUUAUUAUGUUCAAAUUGUCGACCUCCUCGGUUAAGACUACGUAGGUUUCGAUGGAAGUACGAAACAGGAGAACGAAUUAGAAACAGGCAACCUGUGAACGUUCUGAAUCCGGAGGAAAGGGCUGUUGAAUUGAGGACAUUCUGUAAUACCCACAUUACACAAGUUACACCUCUUCAACAGUAGAACAUAAAGUUGAAAUUGUGCAUCAAUUUCUUAUGUGCGCAGUCCGCUCCAUUUUACUUCAUCUAACAUGAAAAACAUUUAUCGUCCCUCGUAAAAUCAUGUCAACCGUCUAUAUCUGGUUGAGCAUUUUGAUUUUGUUUGUCUAAAUAAAAUGACGAACUAGUCCACAAAGGCAUAUGUGUUAGACUGUAACAAGUAAGAUCAAAAGAUUGUUCUUUUUAUAAUAAGUGACUGAAUUCAGUUUGUGACAAGACUUGAGUGAGUCAUCGAGCAGAAAAAUUCAGGGUGAAAAUGCAGCAGUAAAUACUGAGAAUGCUAUUUAAAAUUCAGGGAUUGCUUAUCACAACGAAUGAAACAAGAACAUCAGUGAAAAGGAAUUGUAAUCAUUUACAUUUUACAACGAUGAAAAUAGGGUAAGUAGCACAUAGAGGUUUAAUAAAUGAGAGCUAUUGUGUCUGUGUGUGUGUGUCAAGAAGACUUGAUCCGGCAAUAAAGAGCUUCGUAAGUUUGUAAUAUAAUGCCGUGUAAUGUAUUCCUAAAACCAAGAACGUUGGUGGAAAUUGAUGUGACUUUAAGCCAUCUGACUUUGCCGCGAACAAAUCAAUUUUGUUCCAAUCCUGGUUCUCUCGAGGUUAGGCACUCGAGAAAGUUGUUUUUAUCGUACUUCAGGGCUUGCUGUACAAAACACAGAUUGAACAACUACAACAACGGAGACAAUGAAGCUCAUAUAACACAUUCAUUGUUAAGGACGCGAAAUCAUUUCCUCAAGAUUUCUGCUCAGGCACUCUCAGCGUUGGAGGCUUGCUACAAGUUUUGAAAAAUACCAUUUAGUUAAUGAUUAUUUCGUUCCCUGAUUGAUUUCAGAGACUUAUCCUAACUAAAAACUAAAAAUGGAUGAUUAGAUAUUUUAAUUUUUCUGUGAAAUAAUUUUUCGGUUUGUGACUGUGAAUUAAAAAUAACAUAUGCAGUUGAAAAGACCUCUGACAACUACAUGUCUAAAAUAUGAGAAGUUUACGGAAGUUCAACUUUCGACCCAUUAAUGAACUGAUUAAUUGCUUUUCUGUACAUUUUGCUCCUCGAUAUCUAUUUUUAAGUCAAACAGCUCUUUAAGCUAUGCAACCACCAGGGAAUCGGCCAUGAUGCUUCACUGAGUUUUCGAAAAUCAGUCGAAAACUUUGGCAGGCACCCUUAAAAAUUUAGACAUUUCCCUCAGUCACCAGUUUAGAAUACUGUUAUGGAGUUUACGGGAGAACCUUGGUAGCUUUUACAGAUGGAUCAGAAUCAAAAAUUUAAAUCUAGCUAUGACCUAUUUGUUUUGAAUUGAGUAUCUACAAAGACUUUCAUGCUUUGUAAAUCCGGAAUGAAAUGAAAUAGAAAAAGAUCAUGUUUUGUGAAAGCAAUUCAAUGCUUUAUAUUAAAUAUUGAAUAGCAAAAGAUUCAAGAUUGCGAGAAAUAAAAAACGAUAAAAUCCAUUUCUCUUUGUCCUCCAAGUCUUUAUUUUCCUUGAAAUGUAAAUAACAAUAUAGGGUCAAAAGGAAACCACUGAUCGGCAAAUCAGAAGGACAAGUCAUACACAAAACGGCCCCGCUGUGUUCAUUUGAGUUCUCAUCCUCCCAGUAAACUGAAGCAAUAUGCUCAUACAUAGGCUCUGGUCUCGUGUUAUUUGCCCAGUUCUCGUUUGCUGUGUGUUGGUCUCUUUUGCAGAGGAUAAUUCAUCAAGGCUCAACGAUACAAAUCUAGGAAAAAGUAAGUUAUCGAAACGUUUACUUCCCUUGUUCUCUUGGGGUACACAGGUAUAGGAACAGAGAAAUAGAACGAAAGCGCGGAUGACUGACUACCAUCUGAUUCCAUAGAAACAUGUAAUAUGGCUUCGUUUUUAAGAUUGGACAUUUUGGGAAAGAACGUUACCGUUCAGAAUGAUUAUUUUUCAUGAGUUUUCAUAGGAAACAAUCCCUGCCGGCCCUGCAACAUGAAAAUGAUUUAUUCAUUUAAGCCGUAAAAGACAUACGAAGCUCAUAGUUUACAUAACUUGAGCGUUAAGUUUCCCGAACAUCUCAUCAGCGUUUAACUAAACUUUCUAGUAAAAAUAAUUCUGAAGACUACACCUAAGGAACACCCUUAUUAUCUCGAAAAGGGAAAGUGCUCAAUUAUUUUUCACGCCCUUUCGUGAAAGUGAGCAGUAAUAAGUGAUAAACUGUCGAUGUUUUGUUUGCUCAAUUACAUAACAGGAGGGGGAGAAUGCAAUUUCCUGUGAGUCACAUUAAUUACAUUUUACCUCAGGGAAGUUAAAAAAUUUAUUUUUCCUGAAAAAUUGGGGGUAAGUAGACGCCAUAAGAAAUUAUUUUUGGAAAAACAAAUUUUUUACACGAGGAUUGGGUGUUAAAUUUAUAACGGUCCAUGAUCUCAUGAUAAGACCAGCGGAAAUGGACUCUUUUGUCAGGUAUAUCGAUGAGCCUCUCCCGUGGAUGCUAAAAAUUAGCUUACUUUUCUCUCGCCAACUAAUUAAAAACUUCUUAGAUUUCCCUUAUCUCUCAACAGAUCCACAAAGCACCAUCAAUUUCCGAUUUAGUCUACCAAUGACAAUAAUUUUCGCCACAGCCAUAUUAUUUAGCUUCGUGAUGUCUGUGAUAGGCAAUUCUCUAGUGAUUUGCAUCAUAGCCAAACAACAAUAUAUGAAAACAUCAACCAAUUGUCUCAUAAUGAAUUUGGCUGUUUGUGAUAUUUUGACCACUUUACUCCUGACACCAACUUUCACCAGAAGAAUUUUUCUCGGCGGCAGAUGGUUUGGCGGUGAUAUUGGAAGGGUCACUUGCAAAAUAGUGGAAUACGGGAACUCUUUUCCAAUUUACUGCUCUCUUUUAAACCUAGUUGCAAUCGCCAUUGAUCGAUGUCUUGCCGUCACUCGACCACUAUCUUACAAACUUUCAUCAAAAUGGCUGGUAAAGAUUUCAAUUCCUGUAAUUUGGUUGAUUUCACUUUCGUUACCAGUAGUGAGUCUGUCAGACACACAAUUAUUAUACUUUGACGGUGACGUGUGGCCGAGAUGUGAAGAGAAAAGCGGUCGAGGCUCUCUCGACUUUUACUUGGCGAAAGCUGCUUUAGUCGGCUCGUUUAUCGCAUUGAUUACACUUUAUUCAGUGAUUUCUUAUCGUCUUUGGAGAAGAAACAUUCCUGGUGAGAUGUCCAGCAAU